CACGAUCAAAGCCGCAGGAGACGCUGCGUCGCUGUCUUGUUUAACGUCCUUUAGUCGCCAAAACAUUAAUAUCCGGAUCAUUUUGAGACUUUUGCUACGCACUGGGUGUGAGUUGUCCUUGGAUGUCAGCCAUGGCCGGACCUGUCAGUUUGGACUUGGAUCCCAUCUUUCUGAAAGGACUGAGUUAUUUGCAUUCUAAGAGUAAAGAUUCAGCGGAGAAACUCAAAGCUCUUCUUGAUGAAUCCCUUUCACGAGGAAGUGACUCAUCCUACCGCUCUUUACAGAAAGAUAUGGAGAUGCCAAAAAGCUCAGUGUCAAAACUAAGCUUGAAUAAAGAGUCCAAGUCUUCAAGUUCUUCAUCCUCAAGCAGCAACAGUGGAAGUAACAAAUCCAGCUCAGAGAAAAGCAAGAAAGAAGCAGAGAAGAGGCCAGCGGAGAAGGUCAGAGUUGAGUUGUCUGAAAUUGACCCUCCGAAAAAGCCUCGUUUGGAGAAACAGGAGAAUCGCUCUUCUCCCAUCACUGUGCAGACAAGCAAAGACCUCCUGCCAAACAUAAAUGACUAUGAUGAGACUAAUGCUGAUGACUUUGCCAUGGAAAUGGGCCUAGCUUGUGUGGUUUGCAGACAAAUGACGGUAACCAUGGGAAACCAGUUGGUGGAGUGCCAAGAGUGUCACAAUCUGUACCACCAGGACUGUCACAAGCCCCAGGUGACGGACAAAGAAGUUAAUGACCCACGGCUCGUCUGGUAUUGUGCCCGCUGCACGAGGCAAAUGAAGCGCAUGGCCCAGAAACCUCCCCAGAAGCCGUCGCCUGCAUCGGCAUCGUCCGCACCGGUUGUAAAAGACAUACUGGUGAAAAAGGCGGAGCUGAAAAUCAAAACUGAAACGGCCAACUCCUUCCAAGCCUUCAAGAGAACAGAAGUGAAGCCUCCCACCACAUUAGCCAAUACCACCACCGCAACAUCGUCCUCCUCAAGCAGCGGCCUGACUGGGUGGGCUGCAUUUGGUGCCAAAACCAACCCAUCACUUCCUGCUAGCUCUAAACUCGCUUCUUCUGGUGCAAGUGGGAGCACCAAGACAACUCCUUCCGGUCAGAAACCCGCCGGGUUGUCGGGGCUCGCCGGAGCCAAGUCGGGACUUGGAGGCACGAAGGCCGCCGGGGGCAGCAAUGGAAACGGCUCCAGCCAGGUAACUCUGAAGCCUCCUCCGCCCCUGACUCUGGGAAAACAGCCCCUCAACCGCUCGUCGAGCAGCGAGAGCCAGGGGAAGGUCUCCGCUUCGUCGGGGUCCAGCUCUCCGAGCAGCUCGCAGGCGGCGGCCGGAGGGAACGGAGGGAACAACGGAGGAGGGAACGGAAACAACGGGAACGGAUCAAAGGCCGCACCGGGGGACAAAGCGCCAACCUCGCAAGAGUCCCAACUGAACGCCUUGAAACGGUUGCAGAUGGUCAAGAAGAAAGCAGCACAGAAGAAAAUGAAGAAAUGAGGAAAAAGAAAAGCUAAUAAAGAGGAGGGGUGGAGUAGAAAAAUAAAUGUGUGGAUUUCAUGCUAGAGCAUUAAGUUUGUGCUUCAAGACUAUCUGCACAUGGAGCGACGAAAACAACUCACUUGAAUUUCACUUAAAUAAGAGCUGCUGGACUAUGAGUCUAAUCAGUAGAAAAGUGUCACAUUUUAUCAUCACCAUCAUUAAAACGUCUUUUUAUAAACUGUCU